GCUUAAAGCAUACUAUUGUUAAUCUUUGUUGGCAAAUAAUACAGCAAAGUUAUAUAUUUUUUCUCCACGUUGGAAUUAAGCUUCAAGGUUAAAAUCGUAUUAUAUUUACGGUGAUAAGAAAAAUUCAGCAGAAUAAAAAAUACCCGCGUAAAGAUGACAAUAUUACAGAUUAUAUGAAAUGUUAACAUUAUAUUAACUAAAUAAACAAAAAGAAAAUUUCAAUCUAAAGAUGGGAACCGUAAACUCUACACUGGCAGCUGGUCCCUGGGACGGAUUCAAAACGGUGUGGGCUUCGUUUGAGUUUAACCCACAAUGCAAUAGCUCACGAGGAUGCACGCAUGUUUUCAAGGGUGUAGUAUACCACGAACGGAACUACUUUACAAAGUCAGACGUGGUGAUCAAGAAACAACACAGGAUUGCAAAACUUGGUGACUGGAAGCUUUAUAUAUACAGAUGCACGACAGGACAACGUUUGGCAUCCAAGUUCAUACGGCAUUUACAAAACAACCACAACAUUAGCCAAUACAAGGUACGUUUUGUCAAGCCUAUCGAAGCAAUUAUCGACGAAUGGUCAUCUUUUACAGCCAUUGUAGCUCGUUUUCUAAAAUUCAAACUGGGUAAAGACGAAGCGUUACUUAUCGAGGAACGUCUGCGUGGGAAGUUUGUCACUUUCGUUACAGACUGUGGCUCAGGAAUCAAUCGAGAGAUCGCAGUUCUAGCAGCGUUCGCACAUUUUACCUACCAUGAAUCAGGUGGGGAAUUAGUGGUGUGUAACUUGCAAGGAGUCGAGGAUCAAUGUGUGUUCACACUUACCAAUCCGGUCAUUCAUUCAAAAGACGGUAACUAUGGCGACACUGACCGAGGAGCAGACGGGAUUGAUGAGUUCUUUCAACAUCACGUGUGUACCGUCUUGUGCAGUAACUUAUCGAGACCAUCAGGUGACUAUACAGAACUCAUUUCAAAUCAAGAACUGCCGCCUCCGUACGAAGAGCUUUUUCCUGAUGGUCCUCCGCCAGUUCCUUGAAGCAAACUGUCCAUUACUUCUGAAGAAUGCAAGAUACCUGCGCAUUGUAUGAAGAGAGUUGCUCGUAAACAGAGUCAUAAAGGUGAAGGCUAAGGCAUGGGUUUAUAGUCUGAUUAUGAUAUUAGACACAACUCCAACCGACCCUUAACUUACCCCCCCCCCCCCGAUCGCUGGGAUUUAAGACGUCCGUCUACAUUCGGCGCAGUAUGCAGCCAUGGCGCAUUAGCUUAUUUCCGUCACAAGUACCCAUUAAGGCUCCUGGGUGGAGAGGAGCAGGCGUGGGAUCAUUUUUCGUGGUGGGUUAGCCGUCUUAUAAUAUGCGCUGUGCAUGCAUGCCUGACAGACCAUGAUGUAUCCAUCUCAGUUGUGAAUUGUAUCAAAGUGUGCUAAAUAGUUACUACUGUGUGACUUAUUAACAGUGUGCCGUGAUUUGCUAAUAAGAAAUGAAAAAGUACCCGUUAAUAACGCAUCAAUUGUAUACUCAAGAAAAUAACCUUGUUAUUUUAAGGAUUUACACUUCAUAAUGCAAUAUACAAAAGUGACUUUAUAAUGAUAUAAUUAUACUGUCUGAUAUGGUGUGAAAAUGUAUGUUUAGAUGUUGAAGUAUAUUUUAUUUACCAUUUUAUUAAUAAAAAAGCUUUAAAAUGA